AUAUAUAUCAAUCCAACUCAACCAACAAUCAUUCUCAUUUUAUUAAUCCUUUCUCCGUUUCUCUCCCCAUAGCAGCUAAUGGCGUUUUUCCCCUUCAUCCGGAGAGCCGUCUCUGCCAAACUCCUCUCUCAAUCCCACUGCUCUGUUUCCAAGUCCCUUCUUCAUCGUUUUUCCCCUGCUUCUUCUCCACACUCCUUUCAUUCGCGGGGAGAAUUGGCCUCCUACAUGCGUGCAGCUAUGUUCACGGAUCCCAAUAAGCCGCUUACCAUUGAGGAAUUCAACAUGCCCCGUCCCAAAGCUGGAGAAGUCCUCAUCAAAGUCAAGGCUUGUGGAGUUUGCCAUUCUGAUCUGCACGUUAUGAAAGGCGAGCUUCCCUUCCCUAGCCCUUGUGUAGUUGGACAUGAGAUCACUGGUGAAGUUGUUGAGCAUGGACCGCUCACAGACAGUAAGACCAUAGAAAGACUUCCAAUUGGAGCUCAUGUUGUCGGAGCAUUCAUCAUGCCUUGUGGAAACUGUUCCUGCUGUUCAAAGGGCCAUGAUGAUUUAUGUGAAGAUUUCUUUGCUUAUAACCGGGCCAAGGGAACACUUUAUGAUGGUGAAACUCGGCUGUUCCUUCGCAGGGAUGGAAAACCCAUAUUCAUGUACAGUAUGGGAGGCCUUGCUGAAUAUUGUGUCACUCCAGCCAAUGGAGUGGCAGUUUUACCAAAAUCGGUACCAUACGCGGAGUCGGCGAUUCUAGGAUGUGCAGUUUUUACUGCUUAUGGUGCAAUGGCCCAUGCAGCCAAAGUGCGCCCAGGGGAUUCUAUUGCUAUUAUUGGGAUUGGAGGUGUCGGUUCAAGUUGCUUGCAGAUAGCAAGGGCAUUUGGUGCUUCUCAUAUUAUUGCCGUUGAUGUUCAGGAUGACAAACUGCUAAAAGCGAAGACAAGUGGUGCUACACAUGCCGUUAAUUCUCUUAAAGAAGAUGCAAUUGAAAAGAUCAAAGAAAUAACAGGAGGAAAGGGGGUGGACAUUGCUGUGGAGGCAUUGGGAAGGCCACAGACAUUCAUGCAGUGUACUCAAAGUGUGAGGGAUGGAGGUAAAGCUGUAAUGAUUGGUCUUGCCAAACACGGAUCUGUAGGCGAGGUUGAUAUUAACCGCCUUGUUCGUAGAAAGAUACAAGUGGUUGGGUCUUAUGGAGGAAGGGCAAGGCAGGAUCUGCCCAAGGUGAUUAAGUUGGCAGAAUCGGGAAUUUUCAAUCUUAACGACAUGGUUUCUCGAAAAUACAAGUUCGAGGAGGCAAAUGAGGCAUUUCAAGAUCUCAACGAGGGAAAAAUCAUCGGUCGAGCUGUUAUAGAGGUCGCCUAAUCCCUCGAGCUGUUGUAGAGGUUGCCCCCCAGUCCCUUCACUGCCCCAAAUCAGCACCUUUUAGUUUAUGUGACACACAAAUAAAUAUUAUGAGAUAAGCUUUUUUUUUUUUUUUUUUGGUUUCUCUUGUGCCCUCUGAACUUUGGUUUGGUAAAAUCAUGAUCGUCCCGGGUUAAAAUUCAUCGAUGUAUGUUUAGUUUAUUUUAGUUCCUUGAAUAACAAAACCAGUAGUGCU